AUGGAAGGUCCCCGAGUUGUUCUUCUGGUGAUUCUGCUGCUGUUCAUCUUUUUCACUCCUGAUCAGCCCGCCCGACGACGCUUUCAAGUCGACACGGAUCGAAUCGAGGAACGCCAUCAACGGGAACUCGAUGUCUUGACGAAUUCAUCCUAUGGCCACUUUGAUGCCACGGCAGACAAAUGGCUCAACUUGACCGGCUUCCGGGAUACUGAUGGCUAUCAAUGGGAACUCCUCCCUCGUGCGCGGUCGUUGAGUCAGCAGCAAUAUGAACAUGCCUGGAGCGGCAUCGACCUCAACGAUGGAUUGCCCAUCUAUCAAAAAGUCACUGGAGAGAUUCGAGGGAAGUUCUCUCGUUUGGAGAACCCACUUCCACCUCCAAUGCCCAAUUUGACUGUCAUCGACCCGAGCAAGGAUUACAUGGUGGCUCGAUUCGAAAGAAACAUCACCGAAGAUGAAGGCGAAGUUAGUUUUACUCUCGUCGAUUCAACUGAAAGCCACGACCAUGGCCAUGAACCAUCUACGAUCAAAGCCGAAAUCUCCUUGUUCACGGACUCGUCUCCGGGAAAUGGAUGGCAGGCAAAGCUCCAAGGGGUCCAUCUACCGUCUGGUCAGAUCGUCAUGUCUACCACCAGCUCGAAAUUCGAUGCAUAUCCAGCUCUGCCCCAUUUUGCCCUCAAUGCGGAUGCAUUCAACGCAUCGCGAUAUGUCAUGAAUGAAACAGUACACAAUUACUGGGACAAGACUCUCGAAGACGUCUCGGAUGGCUUAGCGUUCGCGCCUCAAUGCGAACUGAUUGUCUGGUUGCAACCGUUGCCUCACAUAUACGAAGACCAGGGCCCGGGCGAAACCCACAAUUACCUUGAUCAAGUCGAGGAGGAAUUUGAACAUCCUGAGGGUGCCCCUAUUGGUCGCCCGCCGUUACUCACUUUCUCCGUCGUCAUCAUGUCCCCCGACUGUGGCUACAUGCUCAGUGCCGAUGCAAUCUUCGGACCCAAAGUCGAGACGUAUUGGGCACUCGCGCAACGUUUGAUCUUCUCCUUCAUCAUGGCAUUGGGUCUGCAAAUUUUCCUGCUGAAGCGUCAAAUGGAAAAAGCGGCGACACCAUCGACGAGAAGUCGGAUUGCUUAUCAAGGCAUUGUCAUCGCCGCGUUAGGGGACGGAAUGCUGCUGUUCGUGCUGAUAGCAUUGUUGAUGGCGGAUGAGGCGUCUUUUCUCAUGAUCGCUGCGGCUGCGUUCCUAGCGUGCAUCCACGUCGCGUUUCUAGAGGUUAAGUUUGUCUUUGACAUUUGGACGGUGCAGGUGGGCGAUCCUCAACGAGCAGAACAAGAGAGGCGGAGAAGGACGGCCGCGGCGACGACGCAGAAUUCGACCGCAACUGCAACCGUCACUCCCUCGCCUGCGCCCGCGCCUACGCCGACACCUACCACUACAACAAACACGCCUGCAGCUACGAGCGCAGACGGCACAGUCGGUCUUCCUCUUCCAGCCACGGCUCCUCGACUCCAGGGUGCCACACCGAUAUUUUUGCCGUCAGACCAAGACCCAACCAUCCCCGCGGACGUGACUAGUCCCCGGGCAUCCUUUGCCGCCAUCUACUCGCGCUUCUACUUCUCCCUCGUCAUGUUGAUGUUUUUCUCCCUGUGGGCGCUGUCGUGGCCACGGACGCUCCGGUCGACGUACACGAACCUCCUGGUCCUCGCCUACUUUUCCUUCUGGUGGCCUCAGAUCUACCGCAACGCAAUACGCAAUUGCCGCAAAGCCCUGAGUUGGGAAUACGUCAUUGGCUCGAGUGUCUUGCGGCCCCUGCCCAUUUUAUACUGGUACUUUGCCGACCGCAACAUUCUGUCCAUCGACGCGAGCCCCGUGACGGGUGUUGCCUUGCUCGGCUGGCUCUGGCUCCAGGUUUGCGUUCUUGUGAGCCAACAGUUCCUCGGCCCGCGGUUACUGGUUCGCGAUUCCUGGUGUCCGCCGGCCUACGACUACCAUCCCGUCCUGCGCGAGGACGACGGCGACGUCGAAGCCAACGGCAUGUCGAUCGGUCUGUUGGCGUCGGCGUCCGAGGCCAAAGACAAAGACGACAGGACGAGAAAAGUGUUUGAUUGCGCCAUUUGCAUGAAUGAGAUUGACGUGCCUGUUGUUUCCAAGACGGAUUAUAGAUCGGGGUCGGGAAGGGGAAGAGGUUCGGCCUGGCUCGAGCAGAGAAAUUACAUGGUCACGCCGUGUCGCCAUAUUUUCCACGCGGAGUGUUUGGAGGGCUGGAUGAAUUUGAGACUUGUUUGUCCUGUGUGUAGAGAGGAGUUACCACCGUUGUAA